CCAGCGGAUCAUCAGGGUCGCGUUCGGCUUCUGGAGAAAGGCCGCACGUAUCGCAUCAGCACCGCUCGCCUCCAUUCAGCCGAAGGUACACGAGCUGAUUUCUUGUGACUCCAGGCGCAACCCAAGCACAAGGGCUGACAAAAUAGGAGGUGUGCCGGCCAUGGCGUCCUACUGCUGUUUUAGGAAAUCAAGGACUCGUUUGCCAAGCUUUACUGUACCACGGUAUCGGUUGAUAACGCUCCAAGACAUGCUUUGCCUGAUUCUUCGUCCAGAAGGUGAAGUGGUUGCCAUCGAGGGCAUUGGCGGCUUGGGAAAGACAUGGGCGGCAAAAGAGGCAUUUGAAACCGCAAGGAACUCUAAUCGCUUUGAUACCUAUAUCUGGGUUUCAUUGUCUACAAGUUGUAGUCUGAGACGGUGCACUGAGAAGAUUGCCACAUGUCUUUUAAUUGACAUUGGUGCAGAACUGUUAUCGUCGAGAAUUAGGGUGAUGAUCAAGGAGCAUCUCACGAGACGAAAGUUCUUGUUGGUUCUCGACAAUGCUUAUUUUGUCGAGGAAAACAUCUUAGGGAAAUUGGGGAUUCCAUGUCCUCGAGAGCAGAGUUUAGGUUCAAAGGUCAUUGUGACCACAAGAACCGGGAGGACAGUUUCAGUCAUGGAUCCAGCUAUACUUAUAUCGCCAAAACCACUCACAGAUCAGGCCUCAUAUGACCUACUGCGCGAGAAGAUCGGCAAGGAUAUUGAUCUGGAGUUAGUUGACAACUGUUUUGGCAUGCCAUUGUCGAUUAUCUUACUGGCUGGGGCACUGUGUGAUAUGCCUGCACAAGAGUCGAGCAAGUUAAUAAGUGAAGCUUAUGUGGCUCUAGGACCCAAGAUAUCAGUGUUCACCACAAUGGUUCGCCUUGUAAAGUUUUGUUACCGUCGGCUUCCUAGUGAUACUGCCAGGCGCUGGUUCCUAUACUGCCUACUCUUCCCUGACGAUGAAGCAAUUCCUGUCUAAGACCUGAUCAUUUUAUGGAAGCUGGAUGGUAUCAUUCAAGAAGCUAGAGAUUCUCAUGAGGCUAACUAUUAUGGUGAGGAAAUUCUCCAUGUGCUUUUAAAGCAUGGUUUGAUUCAUUUUGAGGGUGACCAUCAUAUCCGCAUCCAUGAUGUCAUCAGAGAGACGGUAUCACAAGUUGGACGUGAGAAUGGCUAUGUGGAGCAGCCUGAAAAAUACCCCAACAAUGACAUUCCAUUUGAGUAUCUUCUUGCCAAGUUUGGCAGAAGGAUUUCCUUGAUGAACAACACAGUGAAGGAAGAACUCCGUGCAAGCCCAAGUCAUGAGUGCUUUUCAACUUCGACGCUACUUUUAAGAGGGAACCGCCAUAUGAGAAGUAUAUCGGAAGAAUUCUUUUGCCGCGUGGGAAUGCUUAGAGUGCUAGACCUGUCCUUCACUCCAAUCAGAACCCUUCCCCAGUCCAUUUCUCGUCUGUUUCACCUCCGGUUGCUGCUACUGGUUGGAUGUGGACACUUGGAGAGAAUUCAGCACAUAGGCUCGCUGGAGAUGCUGGAGGCACUGAGUGCAUCAGGUUGUGGCUCCCUAAAAAGGGUAGAAUGUGGAUCAUUUGACCGUAUGGGGUUGCUCAAGAUCCUCGACCUUUCGAGAACUUCUAUCGAAUGCUUGCCAUCCCUGGCUGCGUGCAUGGAGCUUAACCAACUUCUGCUACAAGAUUGCCCAUGCCUCAAGUUUGAGCAAACUACAGAAACAAACCACAAUUCAUGUGAUACAACAGCAUUUAUCAAGUUCCCUUAUGGAGUUUCAAAAACAGGUGCCGUCAGUAACCUCCAGAUAGGAGUAAGUAAGGAUCCGGUGGAUUGGAAGGCCAUGCUUUGGUUGCCGCGUGGACUUACUUUCGAGUUGUCUGACAGAUUUGGCAUGAGGGUCUCUCAAGAUGUAAACCAGGACGGAAAAACAUACAUUUAUUCAAGUCAGGCCAACUUCGCUCAGUCUUUGUCUUUGGACAAAGACUCUACACUGUGGUCAAACUGCUUUCGAAAGUUUCACAUAGUUAUCUCCCCUUUAAACUCUGACCAAACAAUGGACAAUGGCUUUGAAGUAUGGAGGACAAAAUUUUCUUUGAUGGACAGACAGUCAGGUGAUUUCGAUAGGGUUUUGGAGAUAAAAUGUGUCAGCAAUCCUGAUGAUCUCGAAGGGAUUCUUAGACACGCUGAGCUAAUAUCAUUAAAAAGUAUAACACUGACAAAUCUGGUAUGGACGCUGAAUACCGGAAGACUGACAGCAGCACAAGAACUUUGGGUAGAGGACUGUCACCAGCUGGAGAAUAUAUUCUUACUGGAAGAAGUGGCUACAAUGGUCAAAUUGCAGAAUAUAUGGAUCUCUAACAUGGAUAAUUUAGCAUACUUCUGCCAAGGGAUGGAAGAUUUGACUAGUUUCAGUUGUCUGAUGCACUUGCUCCUCGAUUGCUGUCCAAAACUGAACUUCCUCUUUCCUUCAUCCCUGCGCCUGCUGAAUCUUCGUAGCCUACAAAUAAGGUUCUGUGACAGCUUGGAGAGAGUGUUAGACGAAUCGGUCGCCACGGAACAUGCUCUUCCGAGGCUACAGUCGCUGCAGCUGUGGGAGCUUCCAGAGCUUAGCUGCAUCUGCGGAGGGGUCUUGCCGUCUCUCAAGGACUUGAAGGUGAAGGGCUGUGCGAAACUGAAGGGAAUCCCCAUUGGUGUCACUGAAAAUAACCCAUUCUUCGCAACGAUAAUAGGAGAAACGCAAUGGUGGAAUGAUUUAGUCUGGGUUGAUGGAAGUAUCAAGCGCUGGAUACUGUUUAGGAACUGGGGCCCCUUGCUACCGCAUUUUGCAACUGAAGGACGAACCUUCCAGGCUUCUCUUUUUUCCGGUGUUGGCGGUGAUGCCUCGCAAGGUGCUCAGAGUUGCUUUUCAGGUGUUGUCUGUUGUCUGUCAGGUAAGCUACUGACAGGAGGUGCAGUGGUGCCUCAGCGUAGCAUUUGGCGCCAGCGGCUCUUGAUAUCGUGACAUGACAUCAAAGGUGCGAUGCUCUUCGGCGGCGUUGUUGCGCUCCUCAACGUGCAAUGCAGUCAUCCCCAGGGUACUUGCUGGGCAAUCGGGGCUGUUUGUGCUCUCUGCUUUAUCUUGGGAGAGAUGGCUCAGAAAUUUCAGAGAGGAUCUUACUCUGGUUAUCCAGAGAGUACAAAAGCACUCGAAUAACUUCAAAGGUUGGAUACAACAUAAUUUGUAACACUUCCUGUACUCUCUGCAUACCUGUAAAUAUUCUCUAUGUACAUGUUUUUUUAAUUUAUAAAACUCUGCACUAUGAUCCUUUCCCUACUGUAUUUUGGCA